UUGAAAACCGUUGAGACGGACAAAAAGAAAGGUCAGAAACGUUACUUCACACAUGCAUUCAGCUUGAAUUUUCCGACAUUGUGUGAAGUGUGUACAACCAUGAAGAUUGUAACAUGGAAUAUAAACGGCAUACGAACGUUUAAAAAUGGCAUCAAGAAAAUUUUGGAUUCAUUCGAUGCCGAUAUAAUCUGCGUCCAAGAGACUAAAGUUACCCGUGACCUGUUGGAUGAGAAGACAGCAAUUGUUGAUGGCUACAAUUCAUACUUUAGUUUUAGCCGAGCACGAAGUGGAUACUCGGGUGUAGCGACCUACUGUAAGGAUACCGCCACUCCGUUCCUGGCUGAGGAAGGAUUGACAGGUCUGCUGGCCAAUCAGGGAGAGGCUCUUGGUUGCUAUGGUGACCAGGUUGAGUUGUCUAGUGAGGAGCUUCUGGCGCUGGACAAUGAAGGAAGGGCUGUCAUCACUCAGCAUCACUUCAUUGGCAAAGAUGGACCACAGAAGCUGACCGUUAUCAAUGUUUAUUGUCCCCGAGCUGAUCCAGACAAACCUGAGAGAAAACAAUACAAGCUCCAGUUUUACCAGCUCCUCCAAUGCAGAGCUGAAGCCAUCUUGAGCUCAGGGAGUCACGUGAUUGUAUUGGGAGAUGUUAACACUUCUCAUCGACCCAUAGACCACUGUGACCCAGAUGAUGUGGAUAACUUUGAAGAUAAUCCAGGGAGGAAGUGGCUGGAUCAUUUUCUGUUUGGAAAGACGGAAAAUGGAAAUACUGAAGAUGACCUUACAGACGUCUCCCAGAUUUCUGCCUCUGGUGGCAAGUUUGUCGACUCCUUCCGCCAUUUCCACCCAAAGCGCUCCAAUGCCUUCACGUGCUGGUCCACGCUUACGGGGGCCAGGCAGACCAACUAUGGUACACGGAUUGACUACAUCUUCGCUGACCACUGUCUGGUGAAAUCUGUCUUUAUGGGCGUAGACAUUAUGCCGGAUGUGGAGGGAUCCGAUCAUUGUCCCGUAUGGGCGCAGCUCAGCUGUACCCUCUGGUCUAGUCCCAAGUGCCCACCAUUGUGCACACGUCACAUGCCAGAGUUCAUUGGCAGACAGCAGAAACUCUCACGCUUCUUUGUCAAAGUUUCAGAGAAAGAGAGGUUUUCUAAAGUCUCUGACGAGAGUCUACCUGGAUCACAGGAUUCUGGGGAAAUUCGGGAAAACCUGAAUCCUGUAGGACAGGAAAACUGUGUUGCAAAGAAGAGACCUUCAUGUAGAGAAAAAGAUGCAAAUGCAUCCAAAGCCAAAAGAAGCAAUCAGAUGAAAACUGAAGGCAAUGCUAAAGGAAGUCUUUUAGCUUUCUUUAAGCCUAAACAAACACCAUCAAUUUCUUCUAUGGUAAACUUGAGCCCGAAACAGACAAAAUCCUCUGAGGAUAGCCCAUGUAGUGAGAGUGAGGUCAGAAGCUGCCCUAGCGAUGUGCAAACUGAGACCAGUCUUUCUUUGGUAACAGAGAUGGAGACUGAAAAUAAGGAUGAAGUGGAAGCAGAAUCGACAUCCAUAGUCAAGUCAAAGGACUGUAAAAAGGGGCCAUGCACUGUUUUUUGGAAAUCGGUUUUGCAUGGGCCUCCUCAACCACCACUGUGUAAAUCACACAAUGAGCCCUGUGUCUUACGAACUGUGAAAAAAGCAGGACCUAAUUUAGGCCGGCAGUUUUUUGUAUGCGCUCGUCCUCAAGGCCAUGCCUCCAAUCCUCAGGCCAGGUGUAAUUUUUUUGCCUGGGUAGAUAAAGGGAAGUAAGAUCACACUGUAAUCUGUAUGUAUACUGUACAUUUCAUGUUUUGAUUGUAUAUUUUGGUUUUAUAUGUAACACAAUUUUAAAGGAUAAAUAAAUAAUGUUCUUAUGAA